GAGCAAAGGCGAGAAUGGGAGAACCCGAGCUAUAGUACAGAAUCCUGCAACUCAACAGCCCUCUGCAUUACCAGCAUCCUCACCUCUAUCUUCCUGCCGUCCAGCAACUCCAGUCAUGGCAACCUCCGCCAGUGCUCAGUUGAGUAAGGCCAUAAAGCAGAUGUAUCUGGAACUGCCACAGGGAGAUAAGGUGCAGGCUAUGUACAUCUGGGUUGAUGGGACCGGGGAGGGUCUUCGCUGCAAGACUCGCACUCUGGACAGUGAACCCAAGACCAUAGAAGAUCUUCCUGAAUGGAACUUCGAUGGAUCUAGCACAUACCAAUCCGAGGGUUCCAACAGUGACAUGUACCUGAUUCCAGUUGCAAUGUUUAGAGACCCUUUUCGAAGGGACCCCAACAAGCUGGUACUCUGCGAGGUGCUCAAAUACAACCGAAAAACAGCUGAAACAAACUUGCGUCAUACAUGUAACCAGAUAAUGGACAUGAUGGCCAAUGAGCAUCCAUGGUUUGGCAUGGAACAGGAAUACACAUUGCUGGGUAUGGAUGGACACCCUUUUGGCUGGCCUUCAAAUGGCUUCCCAGGACCACAAGGUCCCUAUUACUGUGGAGUGGGUGCAGAUAAGGCAUAUGGUCGGGAUAUUGUGGAGGCUCAUUAUCGGGCUUGCCUUUAUGCUGGUGUGAAAAUUGCAGGAACAAAUGCAGAAGUUAUGCCAGCACAGUGGGAGUUCCAAAUUGGGCCAUGUGAGGGAAUAGAAAUGGGAGAUCACCUUUGGAUUGCUCGAUUUAUACUGCAUAGAAUUUGUGAGGAUUUUGGGAUCAUUGUUUCGUUUGACCCAAAGCCCAUAACUGGAAACUGGAAUGGAGCUGGAUGUCACACCAAUUUCAGCACAAAGUCAAUGCGUGAAGAAGGAGGCCUUAAGGACAUAGAAGAAUCCAUUGAACGUCUAAGCAAACGUCAUGAUUAUCACAUCAGAAUGUAUGACCCAAGGGGUGGUAAAGACAAUGCCCGUCGUCUCACAGGUUUCCAUGAGACCUCCAGCAUCCAUGAGUUCUCUGCAGGAGUGGCAAACCGUGGUGCCAGUAUCCGCAUUCCCCGCAGUGUAGGCCAGGAGAAGAAAGGCUAUUUUGAAGAUCGUCGUCCAUCAGCCAACUGUGAUCCCUAUGCUGUGACAGAAGCUAUGAUCAGAACCUGCCUACUGAAUGAAACUGGAGACGAACCUCUUGAAUACAAGAACUAAUAUAAAACAAAAUAGUCAAUACUUGCUGUUCUCUUGCAACAUUCAGAGAAGAGAAUUUUUAGCCAGUUCUGUUUCUAUUUCCAUAUAAAUGUCUGUGUCAAAUGUAUUAUUGUGUUUUGGCAAGAAAAUUCUGUUUUUAGAUAGUCCUCGUUAGCUGGAUUUAAUUUGUAUCUUUUCAUGCAUUUCCCUCCUGAUUUUCAUAACAAAGUAAUAAGGGAAAACUGCCAGGGAUUUGUAUGUGAAAAUCGAACAGUCAGUGGUAACGGUGGGUUGUCUUAAAUAAGUCAAAAAGUAGAUGAAACUCAUUUAACAUAAAAACUUCAAAGAGAUAGAAACAGGACUGGCCAAAGCCCAUCGCUAUCAAAAAGGCCAGUAAAAUUCUGCUACAAGGUACAUAUUUGUGAAAAUCUCGGUUUUUCUACUGGGCUCUAGAAUAGGCACCUAUGUCAGAAAAGGGUAUGAGGUAUUUACAGUUAAUAUAAUAAAUAUUGUUUUGAUGGGGCUGUGCCCCAGGUCAGGUCCACUAACAGAAUCUCAAACAAAGCCCUAGUUCUACAACAAAUUGUUCUAAAGAUCUGGAUUACAUUUGAGAAAAUAUAGGAUUAUGGAAGUUCAGGGCAUAACUUUUGCUUUGUGUAACUUUUAAGUAUGGGCAUUUUAAACUGGGUAGAGAAUGAGAGAAUUUGUGAGCAAGCAGUAUAAGAAACCUUAUUGGCCAUUUUAAUUCUGAUAACCACUAAUAAAAACACAAAGGGCUCUACCCAUUAAAUUCUUGCUUUUGCCAGGUAAUUCUAGGCAGUUGAUAAACUAUAGGUCAGUGCUGCUUUCCAACUAUCAUUACUGAUAGAAAUGCAGGGUACAAUUUUUGCUGCCAAGGAAACCAGGGGUAAUUUAGUGAAUUUUAUGCAUUAUUACAUGUGCAUCCAUGGUACUUACAAUGUUGUAAUUUGGGUCCAUCUGUCUAGUAUUUUUAUAUUUUAAUGUAAAUUUAGAUUCAAGAAAACUAAAAUUUGAAAAAUGAUUAUAUAUAUUAAAGCACUUGGAUUGAUAAAAAUAAAAUUGCAAUUACAGUUUUUGUUGGUGCUAAAAGUAAGUAAGUUGGAGGUUUGCAGUGUAUGCAGUACAAAGGCAUAAGCCAACUGAGCAAUAGGCCCAUAAUAAUAAAGACAGGAGACAUGGCAGCUGCUGGGGAAUCCUGCUGUGUGAAGGACCCAAGGGAGAUUCUAACUGACACAUGGCUUCAUUUUAUGGAUAUGAUAGAGUUGCAAGGGCCAGAAACGUAUUGUUUUGGCAUUGUAAGGCAGUGAAGAAAUGAUUAGCCUUUUGUAGACUGGGUAAGGGAAGUUUUACAGGCGAAGCUUUCAUUUGGCAGGCUGUUCCAUUUUCAAUGGGAUUGCAACAUAUAAUUAAUUUUCAGUUGCAUAGUAGUAAUUAUUGUUUCCCGAAACUACAGGGACUCGCAAAAACAUGGGACAAUUUCAGGGGCUUUCAACACCUUAUUACUUUCUCUCUAAACCAAGGAUUCAGGAACCAAUCCUUGUAAGCGUUUUAUAGCUGUGAGAUGUAUCAACGCAGUGCUGGUCUAUAUAGCAUUGCAUAAGAAAGCAUGCAUAACAUACUGUUCAGUGGGUUUUUUUGGAAAUCUUUAUAAGUAUAAUUUUUACAUUCUUUUUUCAGAGAGAAUAAAAGUUAAGAAAGUUUUCUAAUUUUUUAUAACAAUUGUUAGUGCCAAACAUGUUUAGUGGAAAAUGUUAAUUGUUUUAGCAGGGCUUGGUGCUAGAUUUGAGGCUACUGUUCCACUAUUGAAAUAUCUGGCGCUUAAAUAUGACAUUCUCAGUAGAUUUUGCAUAAAAAUUGACUGGUUUCCUUGUAAUGCUCAGAAUUUAAACACAGCCAAUUCUUUCUUUUUUUAUGAGCAGUUCUAGGGUAUAAAAAGAAAGUUAGGGUCAGUUACUUCUAACUCGCAUUUCAGUUUUACAAUAGUCUGGUUUUUAAAUUAGGUUUUAUUUCCAUUUUAUAAUAAAAAAAAAAAUAAAUGAAAAA